UUUCUAUUUCUCUUUGGUUUCAAUGUAAGUUUUGAUUUCAUUUGAGUUUGAUUUGAGUGCGAUUGUGACUCUGAUUCUGAUUCUCUAUUCUCUAUUCUCUAAUUCCCUAAUUCCCUAAUUCUCUUUUCACUGUGAUUUUGAGUUCCACUGUGAUAUCAAUUUUCCUAACUAUGAUUUUGUUUUUGGUAUAUUUUGUGUUUUGGGUUUACUGGAUGAAAAUAUUAUUGCAUUACUCUUGUAUGUUUACUGGAUAGAAGUGAUGGCUCCUGUUUUCUCGAGAGCUGCCUGGCGCUGUGUAUGGCAUAUGAUCCGGAAUGACUUGAUUCAUGCAUGGGGUGGAUAUGCAGCUUGGCUAUUGUGCACAGGGUGAUCGAACUAAAAAUGUUGGUGUUGUGGAUGCUGAGUACAUAAUCCAUUAUGGUCGCCCUACAUUGGGAGGCUCAGAUGAAAAUGAGGAAUCAUCAUCAAAAUCUAGUGGAAAGGACCACAGAAUUGAUGUGAGGAGAGAAUCGUACAACGAAAUCAAGGUGUUCAAAAGGAAAUGGGAACGAGCUGUCAAGGAUGAUAAUUGUUGGAUUGAUCCAUACAACACUAAUAGGUGGCCAUCCCACAACUUGACUGUUUUCAUAACACAAAAUAUAACAAUCAAUGAUCCAAAAUACAAAACCAGAGAUACGGAGCAUUCAAAACACACUCUGCUUCCCUGGUAAGAAAUCUUCGAUCUCUGGCUGUUUGAUUCCUAAUUGGUUUUCAUCUUCAUUCUUGCUUUUUCUUUACUCUUAUUCCUAUUAUGUUGUGUUCUACUUGAUUGUAAUAUGAAAUGCUAUUAGGGACUCUAUUAGUGGUUACUGAUUAGUAUUGACAGAUUAACAGCCAUUUCAAACUUAAUUAGUUUGCUUCUUGGGGCAGGCUCUAAAAUUGUUCUUAGUUAUUAGCCUUUGGUUUGCCCUGGUGUGGAAACUUGGAAACCAUGACCUGUAUUGCCUUACCAAUUUUGUUUGCAUCAGAAAUUUCUAGCAUAUGGAUAUGAGGAGAAGGCACUUGAGCAUCGACCUCAAACAGUGGGAGAGGAUGAUUGGAACUAUCUAGUUCAAUUAUGGCAAAAAGAGGAGUGGAAGGUCUGAUGGAUAAAGGGCAGAAGACAAUCUACUAGUGAUGAAUCUUAUGUUAUUUGUUUUUGGGAAUCACUUGACAUUUAAGUUGAACUUAACUAUGUAGCAUUUUGUUUUUGAGACAACUUGUGAAUUUGUUGGAAGAAUGUUAGAUAUAUGGAUUGCUUUUGAAUGCAAUGAAUUAUUUGAUGCUAUAAA